AUGGGCUGCUGCCAAGACAAAGACUUUCAGACUUCUGAUGAGCAGGCCAAUGAGGCUGAGUCGGAGGAAUCCGAGGAAGGUGGGACUCGAGACACACCAAGGGGUCCCAGGGAGCAGAAGGGACUGCUGAAAAUGUUAGUCCCAGGAGGUUAGAGACGGGAGGGUAGAGCGGAGUUCAGCAGCGUCCUCAUCCCCGCAGGCACUGAAGGAGUCGGGGGCCAUGUGGACUCGCCGAGCAACCGGAAUCACAAGUCUAACGAAAGCCUUCGGAUCACCGUCCUGUGGCGGCAGCUCUCCACGUUCAGCCGUCGGAGCUCCUCGCGGUCAAACAAGAGGCAAUCAGCCCCAAAUCGAAAGCAAGUGUGUGCGUUCCAGGAGAGAACCGGGAGGGGAUCCUGGAGGAGCCGGAGAAGGAGUGACUCCAGCCCUGCUCUCAGUCCGCCCCGGCCUCCAGAGAAUAAAGUUUCUGACGUGCACCUACCCGAGCACUUAACCCACCGCGGCCCACUCUAG